ACAAGCUCAACAAUUUGACGUAUACAUAAAAAUAAAAUAAUAUUCUUAUUAUUAUAAUAAUAAUAAAUAGUUAUUAAAGAGGGCAUAGCGUAAUAUGAUUGCGUGAAGGUGGUUUGUGAAUGGUUAAGCACAGAUUGCCAUUUCUGCUGCUGACUGCAGACUGCAGACUGCUGAGUGAGUGUCAAACUGACUCAGAAUAGCAACAGACCUAAUUUUAAUGGCGGCAUCAUCACCCCCAAAUUGAUCUCAUCCCCCCAAUUGGCAGCAGUCUUUGUGUCUCCUACGAGGAAUAUUCUUCCAAGAUAAUAUUUCCUUCGACCACCAGACAAACCCCCGCCAAUCCGGCCUCAGACAAGACUUGAAAGCGUCGGAAUUUAAACACAUGACCUUACGGUCCACCCCAGUACAUCCCUUGCGGGACCUCGAUUGGCAAAUUGGCUUAUAUUGCAUCACCUUAGUUAGAGAGAUAUAUGGCGAGGCGUUUCGAAAGGCGUCAGAUUGACGAACUUAAGCUCGCCUUCGAUGAGUCGAAGCAUUUGACGAAAAAGAAGAAGAUCGAAUUGUGCCGUAUAACAGGGCUGGAUGUGGAGCAAGUCACCGGGUGGUUCAAUCGGAUGAGAGCGCGCAAACGGUCGAGAGAAACUAUGGAGGAUUUGAAGGAGAUCAACGUUGAGCUGAAAAAAUUGGUGAAGGAUUGUCGAGAGAGGGCGGCCGAGCUCGAAAAGGCGGUGGCGGAGAGCCGCGAGAGGGAGGCCGUCGUCCACGCGGAAAAUCAGGAACUUAAACGGCGAAUGGCGACCGCGACGGCGACGGCGAUGGGGAAAGGUGGAGGGGUGAAGAUUUGGAAGUAUAAGGAUCAUGUAAAGGAGUAUGUUGAGAUGAGUCCUUGUAGGGGAAAUAGUUAUACUGCUGCUCUUUGUCACCUUGUUUGAUUCUG